CUCUGCAGAACAACACAAUUAGCUCGAUAGCUGCGCGCUUCUACUCCUUGCCUUAUUCUCCAACCACAAACCUUCACCUCUACAACCUUUGCGAACACCCUACACCGAGAAACUAGCAAUCAUGGCUGUCCGCGCCCAAUUUGAAAACUCCAACGAAGUUGGUGUCUUUUCUACCCUCACAAACGCAUAUGCGAUUGUCGCAGUCGGCGCGAGCGAGAACUUUUACAGUGUCUUCGAAGCCGAACUUCAGGAUGUCAUUCCCAUUUGCCAUGCCACCAUCGCCGGAACCAGAAUAGUCGGCAGAUUGACAGCUGGCAACAAGAAAGGCCUCCUUGUCCCCACCACCACGACCGACCAAGAACUCCAGCACCUGCGAAAUUCCAUACCCGAUGAAGUCAAAAUUCAAAGGAUAGAAGAGCGCUUGUCCGCCCUCGGCAACGUAAUAUGUUGCAACGACCACGUCGCCCUCGUCCACCCGGACAUUGAGCGUGAGACGGAAGAGAUAAUAGCGGAUGUGCUAGGCGUUGAGGUUUUCAGGCAAACCAUUGCUGACAACGUGCUCACCGGAAGCUACAUGGCGCUGAGCAACCAGGGUGGUAUUGUCCACCCCAAGACCAGUAUUCAAGACCAGGAUGAGCUGUCAAGUUUGCUCCAGGUUCCGCUUGUCGCAGGCAGUGUGAACCGCGGUAGCGCCGUUGUCGGUGCUGGAAUGGUCGUCAACGACUGGAUGGCCGUUACUGGUCUCGACACUACCGCUACUGAGCUUUCAGUCGUCGAAUCCGUUUUCAGGCUCGGCGAGGGCAAUGGCCCUGCCAACAUCAACACUACGCACAAGGACGCCAUGGUCGAGUCUUUUUACUAAAGGAGCACUUUGGGAUACAAACAAGUGUAUAUUCACUAUGUAUCAUUUCAGUAAUCCAUUGAUAGGCGCCUAGCAACGUCUCGAGCACUGAGGUACUGGAUAAAAGCACCCGAAGUGUACAAAAAAUCGCCAAGGAUAGAGAGCAUUAUUGCAUUUGCAAAAAAAAAGGCAACAGCGGCAAUACUGGCGCCGAGAGAUAUUUGAGCAACGAUUGCCAUGCUAGGAUAGGGUAGUGUCUGGACGAUACCUUUGUACAGUAGAUACUGUAUAGGAUCGAGACAGGAGAUAGGGCGUUUUAAAAGCAAAGUUCCUUUGGAAUCAGAAUCGAUACAUGCCGUGCACAGAAAGUCC